UUGAAAAACCUGAAACUAGGAUGUAAGUGGUUAUCAGCUGAUAAUUGACAAUUAUUUGUUUUUUCGAGUGAUUUUUAAAUCGCCCGUUUCUGGGAUUUGUCAUCAAAUUUUUAUCACUUCGAGCGAGUUUUCUACCUCAUCAGUAUUAUAUUCCAAAUUUCAGUACCUAAUUAAAACCAAAUAAUAAUUAUGUCUUUAGAAGCCAGGUACAACCAGAAGAGCCCUGGGGUGAAACGAUUAAUGCGAGAAGCCAUAGAACUAGCAAACCCUACAGAGGAGUAUUACGCAUCUCCAUUAGACGACAAUCUGUUCGAAUGGCAUUUCACCGUGAGGGGGCCACCAAGCACCGAGUUCGAAGGAGGAUUUUACCAUGGAAGGAUUCUGUUGCCGUCUCAGUAUCCAAUGCAACCUCCAAAUAUAAUACUGUUAACACCUAACGGCAGAUUUGAAGUAAACAAAAAAAUCUGCCUGUCCAUCUCAGGGCACCAUCCGGAGAGCUGGCAACCCUCCUGGUCGAUACGGACAGCGCUUCUAGCACUCAUAGCUUUCAUGCCUACGUCUGCAGCGGGAACAAUCGGGUCACUAGAUUACACUGCCGAGGAGAGGCAAAUCCUGGCAAAGAAAUCAAAAUCGUGGGAGUGCUCAGUGUGCGGGAAGAUUUCGGACAAGCUGUCUUCUUCCCAAAGCACGACUAGUCUUGAAUUGACGCAGGAAGAGUCUACGUUGAUAAAACAGAUAGCACUGAAGGCCGAAGAAGAUUCCAACAGAAAGCCGCCAACUGAUGAUAAAACCAAAGAUGAAUCGACCACAGAAAAAGUCGACGGUUCCGAUCUGAGACAAAGAAUAUUUACCAGUACCAAUGUCUCUCAAGAUGAAGUAAUUGAAGAAAUAAACAUUCCUACCUCCGCCACUGAUUCACUACUGGAAGCUUCGAUACAGAGAAGUAACAAGGACAAGAUGUGGACAGCAGCAAUAUGGAUCAUUCUAACCAUAAUAACGCUGUUGGUUCUAAGGCGAUGCUUCCUCUUAUAGACUCUCUAGGAUCCAAUGUGUAUAUAAUACUAUUGAAUUAGUAAAUUUUAUAUUGCAAAAACGAGUCAUAUAUCCAAUUGUGGUUAUGAUUGUUUUGCCACAUUGGGAAGUUUUAAUUUAUUUUUCAAUUUCCACUAGAUCUUAUUAUUUAAAAAAAUUUGUUGGUAUUAUUUUUAAAUUUUAAGAAGAAGAUUUUGCAUUUGGGGUUAUAUUUGCACAGAGGCGCUUCCGGAUAAAUGUGUUGUGCACAUAACUUAUUAGUCCCUUCGUCCUUUGAUGAAUUCAAGACAGUUGUUUAAUUUUUAAUAGUUAUUGGAUGAAACACUUUAUUAUUAUAGUGAAAUAUAUUUAUUUAGUGGCUA